AUGCCCGCGAGCGGCUCGCAAGACCGCGGCCCGCUAAGCGAACAGGAGGUGGACCCCAUCUGGAUGUCCAGUCGCACUGCGCGGCAGAUAUACGCCCUCGGGGAGGUCGAGAAGGACAUCAGCCGGCUGCUCUCCCUCGCGGCGUCCUCCAUGGCGCUGCUCUCGCUGCCCCAGACGGACGGCCCGGAGGACGACCUGCCGCAAGGCGGGGAGCGCUCGGAGAAGUUCGUGGACGUCGCGAACGAGUACUUUGAACGCCUCGACUCAAUACACAUUGCCAUUCGGUCGUCGCUCGCGCAUAUCCGCCAGUCGCGCAUUGCGCCUUCUGCGAUCAACGCGCCCCCGCCCAACUUCAUCCCGCCCCCGCUCGGCGUCGGUUUGCCUUCAGCGGAUGCCGAUGGCACCGCUAGGGGCGAGCGCGGUCUGCAGGAAGAGCGCGUAGAACGCGACGCGUGGAAGGGCAUCCUCGCUGCGCUCACCAGGAUCAAGGAGGCGCGAGACCGCGAGCAAGCAGAGGCGGCGUCGAGCUCGAUGAAGUCGUGA